CGGAGUGUUCCCGCACGCUGGGAGUCGGGCACCGGCCGGCCUUUCCCUGGCCUGGGACAGCCCCAUAAGCAGUGUGCUCACGGGAAGUGGGCUGACACCUGUACCUCUCCUUCAAGGCUGGGGCAAAGCCCGACCCCGGGCGUCGGCGCGUGCCCCCGGGCGGGGCCGGAGCUCUCUUUAGGAUGAGGACUUCGGUGCAGUCAGCAACUAUUGCUUUAGGGAGGGGCCGCAUACAGUGGCAGGGUGGUCCCCAGCCUUUGCGGAGUAAAAAGCCACGUUUUUAAAGACCAGUUCUGACUGGCCAGGUGGUGCCUCACUUGAACUAUCUCCAAGAGAACAGACUGUGCCGAUACCCAUUGGGUAAGUGGAGAAACCAAGGCUCCGAGUGCAGGAGGUCUCCCGCCUGGCGUCGGCAGGGCUGGGAGGGGAAGCGGGGCGGGGGGCUCAGGGUCCCCAGCUCCUCCCCACACUGUCAGAUGGCGCAGGGGUCACGAUUUCUUUCUUCAUGACCUUCCUUGUCCUGCCCCGAGUCUCCUGGGCAAGGACCGUCACCUCCUCCCUGCUCGAGUUUCGUAUUAUUUCAUUUAAAAUUUCAGGUCCUCGUGCUCCUCGCUGAUAAACUGUCAGAAUAACUACAUGUGGCCGUGGCUUCGGUCCAGCUGUCUUCCCUUUGUCUAGGGUGCUAAGUCCAGAAAGCCUUUUCUGUGCUCCUCUCUUCCCAAGUGUCUGGCUAACGGGGUGGGAGGCACGGUUCUAUUCUUAAAGAGGACGGGAGUGACAAAGGCGCAGCUGGCUGUGGCCGAGGGGUUCCCGGGUCUGUCGCACAGCCAACCUCCCUGUGCGCCACCGAACUUCUGGCUCUUGCAAAAAGCACCGAGCCGGCUUGGCGUUGAGACGGCGAGGAACCGAGACGUUGGGAGGACCGAACGGCUAGAGAGGCCGCACCCGUUCUGUCACGUGACUCGCUCCUGAGCGGGCCAAGUCUCCCCGCGCCAGGUCACGUGCGCCGGCGGCUUCCUCCCAUUGGCUGCAUUGCCCCAGUUUGAACGGAGUACGGAAGCCGCGCCGGUUCAUUGACGGCCGCGUUUUUUUUUUUUCUUUCUUUCUUUUUUUUUUUUUUAAUUCCCCUCUUUGGCUCCCUCCUUCCGCGCGAGUCUCUGGAGAAGCCGCAUCGCAAGGCGCCGCCGCCGCCGCUGCCCGGGGCCGGGCUCGCCUUGAGCCAUGGACUGGCAACCAGAUGAGCAGGGCCUGCAGCAGGUCCUGCAGCUGCUCAAAGACUCGCAGUCGCCCAACACGGCCACGCAGCGUGUUGUGCAAGAUAAACUCAAACAACUCAACCAGUUUCCCGACUUCAACAACUACCUGAUCUUCGUCCUGACCCGACUCAAGUCCGAAGAUGAGCCCACGCGCUCCCUCAGCGGCCUCAUCCUGAAGAACAAUGUGAAAGCACACUACCAGAGCUUCCCGCCGCCUGUGGCCGACUUCAUCAAGCAGGAGUGCCUGAACAACAUUGGCGACGCCUCCUCGCUCAUCCGGGCCACCAUCGGCAUUCUCAUCACCACCAUCGCUUCCAAGGGCGAGCUGCAGAUGUGGCCGGAGCUGCUACCCCAGCUCUGCAACCUGCUCAACUCAGAGGAUUAUAACACCUGCGAGGGAGCCUUCGGGGCCCUGCAGAAGAUCUGCGAGGACUCCUCAGAGCUUCUGGACAGCGAUGCCCUGAACAGGCCCCUCAACAUCAUGAUCCCCAAGUUCCUGCAGUUCUUCAAGCACUGCAGCCCCAAGAUCCGGUCCCACGCCAUAGCCUGUGUCAACCAGUUCAUCAUGGACCGGGCCCAGGCGCUGAUGGACAACAUCGACACGUUCAUAGAGCACCUGUUCGCCCUGGCCGUGGACGACGACCCAGAGGUGCGGAAGAAUGUGUGCCGUGCGCUGGUGAUGCUGCUGGAGGUGCGCAUCGACCGGCUCAUCCCCCACAUGCACAGCAUCAUCCAGUACAUGCUGCAGAGGACCCAGGACCACGACGAGAACGUGGCCCUCGAGGCCUGUGAGUUCUGGCUGACUCUGGCCGAGCAGCCCAUCUGCAAGGAAGUCCUGGCCUCCCACCUGGUCCAGUUGAUCCCCAUCCUGGUCAACGGGAUGAAGUACUCGGAAAUCGACAUCAUCCUGCUCAAGGGGGAUGUGGAGGAAGACGAGGCGGUGCCGGACAGCGAGCAGGACAUCAAGCCGCGCUUCCACAAGUCGCGCACUGUAACACUGCCCCACGAGGCCGAGCGGCCUGACAGCUCCGAGGACGCAGAUGAUGAUGACGACGACGAUGACGCUCUGUCUGACUGGAAUCUGAGGAAGUGCUCCGCGGCGGCGCUGGACGUUCUAGCCAACGUCUUCCGGGAGGAGCUGCUGCCCCACCUCCUGCCCCUUCUCAAAGGCCUCCUCUUCCACCCGGAGUGGGUGGUCAAGGAGUCGGGCAUCCUGGUGCUGGGCGCCAUCGCCGAGGGCUGCAUGCAGGGCAUGGUGCCCUACCUGCCCGAGCUGAUCCCACACCUCAUCCAGUGCCUGUCGGACAAGAAGGCCCUGGUCCGCUCCAUCGCCUGCUGGACGCUGAGCCGCUACGCACACUGGGUGGUCAGCCAGCCUCCCGACAUGCACCUCAAACCUCUGAUGACCGAGCUGCUGCAGCGUAUCCUGGACGGCAAUAAAAGAGUGCAGGAGGCAGCGUGCAGUGCCUUCGCCACCCUGGAGGAGGAGGCCUGCACAGAGCUGGUGCCCUACCUCAGCUACAUCCUGGACACCCUCGUCUUCGCCUUCGGCAAAUACCAGCACAAGAACCUGCUCAUCCUCUACGAUGCCAUCGGCACCCUGGCUGACUCUGUGGGCCACCACCUCAACCAGCCGGAGUACAUCCAGAAGCUGAUGCCGCCUCUGAUCCAGAAGUGGAAUGAGCUCAAGGACGAAGACAAGGACCUCUUCCCGCUGCUGGAGUGCCUGUCCUCGGUGGCCACCGCCCUGCAGAAUGGCUUCCUGCCCUACUGCGAGCCCGUGUACCAGCGCUGUGUCACCCUGGUGCAGAAGACCCUGGCCCAGGCUAUGAUGUACACCCAGCACCCGGAGCAGUACGAGGCCCCCGACAAGGACUUCAUGAUCGUGGCGCUGGACCUGCUCAGCGGCCUGGCUGAGGGCCUGGGCGGCCAUGUGGAGCAGCUGGUGGCCCGCAGCAACAUCAUGACCCUGCUCUUCCAGUGUAUGCAGGACUCCAUGCCCGAGGUCCGACAGAGCUCCUUUGCCCUCCUGGGAGACCUCACCAAAGCCUGCUUCAUCCACGUCAAGCCCUGUAUCGCUGAGUUCAUGCCCAUCCUGGGCACCAACCUGAACCCCGAGUUCAUCUCCGUCUGCAACAAUGCCACGUGGGCCAUUGGCGAGAUCUGCAUGCAGAUGGGCGCCGAGAUGCAGCCCUAUGUGCAGAUGGUCCUCAACAACCUGGUGGAGAUCAUCAACCGGCCCAACACGCCCAAGACGCUGCUGGAGAAUACAGGUCGCCUGACGAGCCCCUCUGCCAUUCCAGCCAUCACCAUCGGCCGCCUGGGCUACGUGUGCCCGCAGGAGGUGGCGCCUAUGCUGCAGCAGUUCAUCCGGCCCUGGUGCACCUCCCUGAGGAACAUCCGGGACAACGAAGAGAAGGACUCGGCCUUCCGUGGCAUCUGUGUGAUGAUCGGCGUGAACCCCGGCGGCGUGGUGCAGGACUUUAUUUUCUUCUGCGACGCUGUAGCCUCCUGGGUGAGCCCGAAGGAUGACCUCCGGGACAUGUUUUAUAAGAUUCUCCAUGGCUUCAAAGACCAAGUCGGCGAGGAGAACUGGCAGCAGUUCUCGGAGCAGUUCCCGCCGCUGCUCAAGGAGAGGCUGGCGGCCUUCUACGGCGUCUAGGCGGACGGGGGGGACUUCGCCAGGUUUCUGUCUGCGUCAUCGUCGUCAGAGGGAUUGCGGGGGAGCGCGCUGCGUCCGGAGUCGCUGAGCCCUUGGUCGGAGGGGGGUUGGGGAGGAGUGAGCGGGACCCAAAUCCAGACGCGGCCUUCCCUGUCGGGUCACCUGCCUGGCCACUGUGGGUGGGGCAGGGGGAGGGGCCUCCACGCUCAGCCUA